CUCGUUGCCACAGAAAGCAACUCGAUGGCCGCGGAAGGACUGGAGGUGCUCGCGCUGCGCCUGGACCAAGUCAAGGCCCGAGCCAAGUACGUGGCGUCGCUCAAGACGUGGUGCAAGGAGCUUAGCGUCCAUGGCCGCCUCCUCACGCGCGGCAGCCUGCACCUCGUGCUCCUCGAAGGCAGCGCGUCCGGCCUCGACGCGCUCAUCGCCCGGUACGCCUCCGAGCCCAUUGACGAGAACGCAGCCGGCGAGAUGGUCAAGGACUCCAUGUUUGAUGUACUGGGCCGCCAGCCCCGGACAGGCGACGCUACGUUCCAGGGCUUUGUCGACCUGCAAGUGCUGAACGAUGCGAUGAUGGACAAGCUCUUCGUGCAAGACUGGGGCGCUGAUGCGGCGUGGAUCGCGGAAGCAAGAACGACGGAUCGCUCCAAGCGCUUCAUUGCGCGACGCGACGCCGCAAAGCUCAAGCGGAAACAGGAGCGGCAGAAGCUGGCACAGGAGCGCGACGCCAAGAAAGCGGCUAAGCGGGAAGCCAAGAAGCUGGAGGAAGGAGGGGCUGAUGCAUCGGACCAUGACAACGACGGCACGGCCGAGGCCACGGUCCAGGUCGAGGCGUCCGAGACCCCUGUCGUCCCAAGUCCUGCACUCACGUCGACAAAAGACGCGAUGCAGCCCGAAGUGGAGCCAAAGAAGACAGAGCCAUCACAUCCGUCCAAGGCUGCACAACCGACCAAGGCCAAGCACGAGCAGCCACCCAAGGCCAAGCAAUCUCAGCAGCCCAAAGCUAAGCAAUCUCAGCAACCCAAGGCUAAGCAAACUCAGCAGCCCAAAGCCAAGCAAGCACAGCCAAACCAGUCACAGUCCAAGAAAGGACAAAAGAAGCCCUUCCAGAAGAAGGGGCCGCCGCAAAAGCCGGGCCCGAGCAAGAAGCGGUCGUUGGACCCGUGGGCCGCGCCCGAGGCGGCAUCGCACGGUGCGCCUUCGUUCUCCAUGGGCGCCAAGAAGAAGGCGCGCGCGAAUCCCAAGUCCAAGCCUUGAUGAGCACGCGUAGGUUGGCAUUAUAAAUACUACUAAACAGAAACACCCUCCUAUCUAUAUGU